UUGUUACAAUCUGUUUCUUUCAUCUCUCCUCAAUUUCUCUUUGGGUAAAUUUAUCCGCUCCCUUUAACUGAUUGACCUUUCCGUAUCAUCUCAUGGUUGGUUCAAUCAUGUAAUUGUAUUUCAAUCUGGCCGACGCGCAAAUUUCUCUUUGCGAAGUUACUUAUUAACUCAUGAAUUUGGCAAAAUGGUCUGUUGUAGUUUUUUGGUUUUUUUCCCCUGCCAAUUUUUGUUUAGCUUUACAGUUAGAUGUACAUUGAUUAUUUUCCUGCAUGGGUGUCUGGGCGGUAAUUUUCAGGUUUUUUUUCUUUUUGCCUAAGUUGUUAAAGUGAUGUUUGUAUUCGUGCCAAUUCAUAUUUGCCAAUAAACUUAUGUCUCAAAUAUUGCAUGAAAAUUGUCCAAUCUAUCAGAGUCAAUAUCGUUUGCAGAUUCCUUCCUAUGUUGAUCAGCUAAGCUUUGUUCCUACUUUUUUCUAAACCUUUUUGCAUCUUCGACAUACAGAGUGACCAAAUUAAGACUUUAAGUGUGGUAUGCUGAGGGUGUGCGUAUCCACUGUUGAAAUUUGUGAAAUCACGGAUGGGUUUUGUUUGAAAUUUGUGAAAUCACGGGAUCGAUGGAUAUGGCUACUUAUAUGGUGUGCACAUCCGAAGUAUGUACACUGGGUGGGAAAUUAAAUGGAAGCCUGAAAUUUCAUUAGAGAAGAACUCCAUAUUUAAAUGUUUGUUUUGACGCAGGAACAUCUACUACUAAAGGAUAAUGAGCUUCUAUCUUGGCUCGCUUCUGUGCCAUAAACUUUUAAUGCAAAGGAAACCCACCUGCCUGCCUGCACUCCUACUUACAGAUGGACCCGUUCUACAUUUCAUUCACUCGAUCAUCAGCCACUCCACAUCUGUCUCCUACUUACAGAUGGCCUCGUUCUGCAUUUCAUUCACUCGACCAUCAGUCAGUCCAUCAUCUGUCACUCACUCACCUCACUGCCCAAAGUUGCCAUUUUUCAAGAAUUGGUGUGGUGGGAUCUAUCAAUUCAUCAUGCUAUGCCUGCCACCACCGAUCAUAAGGAGAUCAAUGAAUUCUGUCAUGCCAUGCCUUCCAUUACUGAACUCCUGCUGUUUGAAUGGUGAAGCAUGCUUGGCAAUGACAACUCAGACCUGAAACUUUGGAUUUAAACCUUUAGUAUGCAACCAUGAUCAUGAUUUAGUUCAUCAUGCAAGGCUCUACAUCCUUAUGUUCAUCAGCUCUGCACGUAUUUGCAGGGUUUGCAUUUAUUUAUUUUGAAGAUGAACGUGAUGCUGAAGAUGCCAUCCGUGGUCUUGACAACAGACCAUUUGGAUAUGACAGGCGCAGGCUGUCAGUAGAGUGGGCCAGGGGUGAACGUGGUCAUCCUCGGGAUGGCUCUAGGUCAAUGGCUAACCAGAGACCUACUAAAACCUUGUUUGUUAUAAACUUUGAUCCGCACCUCACAAGGGUCCGUGAUAUAGAGAGACAUUUUGAGCCUUACGGGAAGGUUUUACAUGUUCGAAUUCGAAGGAAUUUUGCGUUUGUGCAGUUUGAAACACAGGAUGAUGCGACAAAAGCUCUGGAGUGCACACAUAUGAGCAAGCUUUUAGACAGGGUGAUUUCUGUUGAGUAUGCCCUAAGGGAUGAUGGUGAAAAAGAUGACAGAUAUGAUAGCCCCAGGAGAAGUUAUGGCAGAAGGGAGAGUCCUUAUAGGCGCUCUCCAAGUCCAAUGUAUCGCAGGGGUCGGCCUAGUCCUGACUAUGGGCGCUCUCGCAGCCCAGUUUAUGAUAGGUAUAAUGGUUCAUCAUAUGAUAGACCCAGAAGCCCUGAAUACGGCAGGUAUAGGAGCCGCUCACCUGUGCGAAGGUCAAGAACGUGACUGAUGAUCAUGGUUGAUGAAUGAUGGUGCUUGUCAGGCUGUGGUGGUUCUAAUGAACAAUAGGUUUACCAGACAGUAGAAGUUAGAUGUAUUUCGUCCAAUAGAAUGUGUAUUAGAAGUUCGUGGAGUUGGUAGGAUGUGAUAUGAUUAGUAGAUACGUUAUAUGAACCAGCAUGUUGUGGCUGUUUUUAGAACUCUUUAAAGAGUACAUUAUUUUGUGAAGUCAUUGGCAAUUAGAACGGCUCAAAAUUUGCCUGCUAA